ACUACCGUAGAUAAGGUUAAGUAUAACUAUCAAUAAGUGCACAAAUAGGACCGUACUCAACGCUGUAAAUAGAGCUCAAGGAAGCUGUGAGGAUUGGCAUCGACAGCACAAGAAUUACACAAGUACUGCUUAUUCUCAACUAGCAAGGAAGAUGGCUCAAUUGCAGCGUGAUGACAUCGUGUCGUUGUGGACUCAAGGUGUCCAGGCUGUGAAAGACAAGAGUUCCUGCGCUGCGGUUAUCACCGCAAAGGAACUCUCAAUAGUCUGGGGUUCAGACAGCCGCUACUGGAAAUGGGUUUCUAAGACCUACCCAAUCAGCUGCGAGGCUCUGGAGGUUGCUAAACUAAUUACAGUAUGCUGGCUCCAAAUUGACGGAGAGUACGAUACCAGCAACCUGAAAAAGGGAGUGAAAUACGGAGUGUAUUUUGUUGUGGAGCUUAGCGACAAUCUUUGCAUGAACGGUCCAGUGACCCUUAAGCUUACUCGUCCCAACCGCACUACUGAAGAGCACAAGGAAGAUUUGGAGACCAAGCCAAAGAAUACAUUGGUGGGACUUAAGGUUGGUGAAUUCAUCAACUCAGCAUGCGGCUGUGAGAAUACUGUCAAGUUCUCGAUGAAUGGAUGUGAUGGAACCACCUGGAAGACUGGCCUUACUGUCAUUGGUGCUGUCAUUGCCCCAGUCUGGUAAACAUGCAUCUGAUAAACUAAAUAAUUUCCAAUUGCCAACAUCACCUAUCUGGUUUGGCUGAUGUGGAAUGUGUGAAAUAAUCGCCAAUAUGUUGGUGUUUAAAUAUAUACUCCCUCCGUCCCAAUGAAUUAUAUACAUUGGGAUCGGACACGGAGACCAAGAAAAAGUGUAAGAAAUGAGUAGAGUUAUAUGGAAAGUUGGUAAAGUGGUGGGACCCAUAUAUUUUUUAAUAAUA